UGUAUGUACCCUGAAUAUUGGCGCUAAAUACUGAGCAUGCGCAUUCCUCAGUUUACACAAGAUUACGCAACAAGCUUUUUCAACCAACAGAUUUUGCCAUUUUUGAAGAAGUGUCAGGUUCAGUAGGCGGCGAGAACAUCAUUGGAGUUCAUCCAACAACUGUGAAAUAUUACAUAGUCCGAGACGCUUCAUUGGUUCAGUACAGAAGUUUCCUCCAGUCACCGUGAGUUCAGCAAAAUGGCUUCAACCUGCUCAGGCUGUGGACCUGGAUAUAAAAGCCCUCUGGAUGCCAUGAAAGGGCCAAGAGAAAAGAUUGUCUACCUGCCAUGCAUUUAUCGCAACACAGACAUCCAAAAACCUGACUACCUUGCAACUGUUGAUGUUAAUCCAAAGUCUCCCAACUUUUGCAAGGUGAUUCACAGGCUUCCGAUGCCCAAUAUGAAGGACGAACUGCACCAUUCUGGUUGGAAUGCCUGUAGCAGUUGCCAUGACGAUGCUUCCAAAAAACGCAAUCGUCUGAUUCUGCCCUCCUUGAUUUCUUCCCGUAUCUACGUCAUUGAUGUAGGGACGGAUCAUCUAGCUCCAAGGAUUCACAAGAUGGUGGAGCCCAUAGAUCUGUACUGGAAAUGUGGCCUAGCCAAUCCCCACACUUCUCACUGCCUAGGCAAUGGCCAAAUCAUGAUAAGUACCAUCGGUGAUCCCUCAGGCAAUGGCAAGGGUGGUUUCGUGCUGUUGGAUGGUAAGACCUUUGAAGUUAUUGGCAACUGGGAGCUGCCGGGUGAAGCAACACCCUUUGGUUAUGACUUCUGGUACCAGCCUCGUCAUAACGUCAUGAUAAGCACCGAGUGGGGAGCGCCUAAAGCGUUGGUGUACGGCUUUAAUCCUGCUGAUGUCAAAGCUGGACUCUACGGACGGAGCAUUCAUGUGUGGGACUGGACCACACAUAAGCGAAUUCAGACUCUGGAUCUGGGAGAAGAGGGUGAAAUUCCUCUUGAGGUCCGAUUCCUGCAUGACCCCGCUGCAAGCGAGGGAUUUGUGGGCUGCGCGCUAGGGGCCACGGUCUUUCGCUUCUAUAAGACUCCGGCAAGGGAUUGGGCAGCAGAGCGGGUCAUCAAAGUUCCUAGCAAAAAGGUUGAAGGUUGGGCUCUUCCUGAGAUGCCAAGUCUCAUUACAGAUAUCUUACUUUCACUGGAUGACCGCUACAUAUACUUCAGUAACUGGUUGCAUGGAGACAUCCGUCAGUAUGACAUCACUGACCGGAGAAACCCACGUAUGGUGGGUCAGUUGUUCCUGGGGGGCAGCAUUGUGAAAGGUGGACCAGUCAAGGUGUUGGAGGACCAAGAACUAGAUAGCCAGCCAUGCCCAAGAAUAAUAAAGGGAAAGCGGAUACAGGGAGGUCCUCAGAUGAUACAGCUGAGCUUGGAUGGAAAAAGACUCUAUGUUACAACUUCUUUAUACAGUGGAUGGGACAAGCAGUUCUACCCAGACCUUGUCAAGGAGGGUUCGGUAAUGAUGCAGAUUGAUGUGGACACGGAUAAAGGUGGCCUGAAGCUCAACGAGAAUUUUCUUGUUGAUUUUGGAGCAGAACCAGAUGGUCCAGCGCUUGCACACGAGAUCAGAUAUCCUGGUGGAGACUGCACUUCUGAUAUCUGGUUGUAAAAAUGUGACCAUGACAUCAUGUACUCAAUUAUUUCUAUCAUGUAUGUAGUACUCACCAUUUAGUGGAGAGGAUGUCGGAUGUCAUCCUCAUUAUUAUAAUCAUGUUUAUUGGUUGUACGGACCAAAUGCUUAAUGGUAUUAAGGGCAUAUCAAAUAACAACUGUAAGAACAAAUUGUGUAUUAUGUGAAUCACAUGAGUUGACAUAACUAAUUUCCAUUCAUUUUUAAUAAAUAUGUUUAACUCA